GGCCGCGCGACCGGAAGCGGGCGGCGACCCCGGAAGGCCCCGUCGGACGGAGCUGGUCGCUUCGGUCGCCGCUCGGACCUGUCGUCGGCCGAUUUCGCGUCCCCUCUGCCUCCUCGAGGGGCGCCGCCGCCGGCCUGGCCAUGGACGAUACCCUGUUCCAGCUGAAGUUCACAGCAAAGCAGCUGGAGAAACUGGCCAAGAAGGCAGAGAAGGACUCCAAGGCCGAGCAGGCCAAAGUGAAGAAGGCCCUUCAGCAGAAGAAUGUGGAGUGUGCCCGUGUGUACGCUGAGAACGCCAUCCGCAAGAAGAACGAAGGCGUGAACUGGCUGCGCAUGGCGUCCCGCGUGGACGCGGUGGCCUCCAAGGUGCAGACGGCCGUCACCAUGAAAGGGGUGACCAAGAACAUGGCGCAGGUGACCAAAGCCCUGGACAAGGCCCUGAGCACCAUGGAUCUGCAGAAGGUCUCUGCGGUGAUGGACAGGUUUGAGCAGCAGGUGCAGAACCUGGACGUGCACACGUCGGUGAUGGAAGACUCCAUGAGCUCAGCCACCACGCUGACCACGCCCCAGGAGCAGGUGGACAGCCUCAUCGUGCAGAUCGCAGAGGAGAACGGCCUGGAGGUCCUGGACCAGCUCAGCCAGCUGCCCGAGGGCGCGUCCGCCGUGGGCGAGAGCUCCGUGCGCAGCCAGGAGGACCAGCUGUCUCGGAGGUUGGCUGCCCUGAGGAACUAGCCGCCCUGCCGUGCACACCGCCACCUCUGCCCUGCCACAUGCUGGACAGUCCCUGUCCCCCACUGCGUCUGCUGCUCUCACCUGGCAGGGCCGGGUGGCCCCAGAAUUGUUCCUUUCUUUCGGAGUGGGUGGUGGUCUGUGUGCUGGUGUCCAGUUCGCACAAACUGUGGGAAACUUCUGACUCUGGGCUCACCUCAGUCUCCGUGGAGUUGACGGGGACCGGCCGGCAGAUGCCACUCGGACUCCAGCCCAGCGCUGUGGGGCCUUCAGACUCCACGACAGCAGACACGCCGCUCACCCCACCCGGCGGGGCUGCCCUGCGGCCACGCAGCUCCUGGAGUCCCCCCAGCGUGCAGGGGGUCCCACCGAGUGGACAGGCAGCCCAUGAGGGCUGGUGGCCUGUGACCCUCCACCAGCAUUCCAGGUGGGGUCUCUGCCUCCUGCCAGACUUGGGGACAGCCACCAGCCAGCUCUAGGCCCUGGUGUGCCUGCCCUGGCCCUCGUCCUUGCCCUGCUCCACCUCCUCAGGUGCCUUGGGCCCUGUGGGCUGCAGGCGGCUCUCCCGGCAGUGCCGGCUCCUUCUGUCAGGGGCCUGUCCUUGGGGCCUCUCGUCCCUCCGCCUCGGUGCUGCCGUGUGGCUCUCCUGUCCCAACUGGGCCCUCCUGCCUUCCCAGCCUGGCAGCCAGGGUGGCUGGUGGAGGAGCCUGGGACAGCGGCCUCGCGGGGCCGGAGUGAGGCAGACCUGCCCCUUGAGGCCGUGGUGGGCCUGCUGGGGCGGCCACCAGGGGGCUCUGGGCACGGGCUACUGUUUUUGUUUUUUCUGUUUCCUAAAGUUUACUUCAUUUUCCCGAAGCUUCCGGGGUUUUUUUGUUUUUUUGCCAAAGUAGAAGGAGCAGGCGGCAGGUGGGGAGCUUGGGGCGGCUGCAGCCCCACCCCAACAGACUGCAGCCUGUGUCCGCAGCUGCAGGGAACUCGGAGACCUUGACCUUGAGCCGCUGCGUUGGGCUCUUUCUCUUGGAGACAUGGCGGGUCCUGGGUGUCGGGGGUGGGGGUGGAGGCUCUUUGGUCUCGUCUGGUCUUCCUCAGAAUCAGCCCGUGGGCUGGGUUGCAGAGAAGAUCCCUGUGUCCUCGUGGCUGACGGCCCUGAGGCGCGUCCCCGACCCCCGAAGGGUGCAGCGCCCCCCAGAGCCACCACGGGGCUGCCUGGGCCCCGUCUGCUCGGGUCACAGAGGGAGAGUGGGUGUGUUCACCCUUUUCCUAAAACGCUGUCAUAAUUUAUCCCAGAAGAUGUUCUUGGGCUUUGCUUUGGUGGCCUUGGGUGGGGCUGGGGAGCCCCCGACUUAGGAGGCUGAGGAGUGGGGGGCCUGGAGUCCCAGCUGCCCCCUGGGUGGGGUGGGGUGUGGAAUGCAGGGUCUCGGGCCCCACCAGACCAAUGGAGCUGGAGUCUGCAGUUGUAGAAUUUACCCUUUUUACUUUGAAGUAGCUUUAAACUUGCAGAGCAGCCGGGCGUGCAGCCCCGUGUGCCUCCCACCCGCUCUGCUCAGCGAUGGCCUGUCGACCACGCUCGUCUGCCCAGCUGGAAACUGCCGGACUCCGCUCGCUAACCAGUCUUCUUGCUGGUGGUCUCUGGUCCCUGGUCACCCCAGUCGGUGUGUCCUGGUCCCACCCCGAUCUGGGACAGCCCCCACUUCUGUCUUCAGGAGCUGAACAGUUGGAGAACAUGCUGGCCAGUUAGUUUGCAGAAUGUUUGUCAACUUGGGUUGGUGUGGUGUUUCACGUGACAAAGUUGAGGUUGUGGUUAUUGGCGAGAAGGCCACAGUAGUGGCCUCAGCUGCAUGGGGUGUGUGAUGUCACUGUGUCUCCUUGCUGGUGACCGACUGCACCACGGGGCUCGGGUGGCAUCUGUCAGGCUCCUCCGCUGUGGAGCGUCCUCCCUUUUCAAUUAAAGUGUCUUGUGGAGAGUC